AUGGAGCUACAGACAGCAGCAAAGCAACAUCCGUUCUUGGAAUUCAUUCUAUCCAUCUCAAUGUCCGAGCAGAUUCAAGCCCACAAGAAUCGAUCGAGGAUUGGACAUGAAAGUGGGAGGUCGCCUGCCCAGUUUUCGGAGCGCCACAUGUUUGUGGACUCCGUCCUGACGCGGCAGAUUUUCCGUCUGCAGGGCCUCCCCGUAUCUCAUCGCGCUGGAUCUAUGACAUUACUUACUAGGAUAGUAGCCCAAGUAGCGUCACUAUCACUUCUGGAGGUGGCCGCAACGAUGCCGGAUACUACUGCAGAGUACCAUCAUCUCGUCGAUGGCUGUGAGGAAAGAGCCGUAGCAGCAGCUAGAGAGAUUGCACGCUUAUCGAGUAUUUUAUUAUCCGAUUUCAACAUUUGCCAGAUCCACCCAUUUACGCCAGCGCCAUUUCAUUCAUGUCGGGAAGCUCUGGUCAGGUUUCAGGAACGUGGCAUGGCGAUAGAAGAUGAGAUUAAGACGAUGGAUGAAGCUUUGGGGGAGUUGAAAGCUGCAAAUGGGUUUUGCCAAGGUAUCCCGAAGCCAGAACCGCCUCGGUUUGGAUAUGAGGAUGCCUUGGCGACGCCUGACUCUCUCAUGGACCUGUUGAUUGAGGAACCAAGUAUGGGGGACUGA